GAUUAGUUUGGGCUUGGCAAUUAUUGCUUUAGACUUUAUCUGAGAUUCCAUAGAAAAUGCAACAACGAUUAACUUUUCCGAACCACCGUGGUAUAUUUUUAUGCCUACUUUGUGCUGUCGUUCUAUUGAUUCUUUCGCAGCAGCUUAUACGGAUGCCAGUGUCAAAAUUUAAUGAUAAAAUGGAUUAUCGCCAUUAUCAACCGGCAAUUGCUGGAUAUAUUACAUCUACCAAUAACUCUUAUACGGUUAUCGAAGACGAAAAUCACUUACAUAUUGGUCCGACCUUAACGUCAUCAAGUCUCCAUCAAAAUGAGUCUAUCCAGAAUGGAGCGGACGUGCACAGUGACAGUAACAAAACACAACACAUUUUAUUUACCGACCCUAAACAAUGUGCUUUCAAUAUUGAAAAUGAACAAAACUCGUACAAUUUAUGCGACAAGAUCCACGUAAUAAUUCAAGCCCGUGACCAGUUAAAGACAAAUAAGAAAAUAGGAGGUGAUUAUUUUCGCGCUAAAAUUUACAAUAGAAAAUUAAAAGCGAGUGCGCCUACGGAUGGUGAAGUAAUUGAUCACAACAAUGGCUCAUAUAGCGCAUAUUUUACAGUAAGAUGGCGUGGUUCUACGUUUAUUAAUGUCCAACUGGUACACAGUAGCGAGGCAGUUGCAGCUAUGAAGCGUGUACGUGAAGCCAAUCCGAUUCGAAUGGUAUACAAUGGGAUAUUUCAACAGAAGAAAGCAAAAGUUAAUGGACAAUGUCAUGUGCAACUUUCGUCUGCUAACGAACUUUGCAACUUCACUGACAAGUUAACUGGAGAGCCAUGGUUUUGUAUAAAGCCGAAAAAUUUGCCUUGCUCUACAUACACUUUGCAUUCGGGCAAUACAAAAUUAGGAGGUAGACUGACAGCAGCAAUGUUCACUCGGAACGAGACACGUUUAUUCAGUUCCUAUGCAUAUAAGGACACAAUAUGUGUAGAGUCAACAACAGAAUGUCGGCCGGUUACGAAUUCAGCCAAACCUGAAAAGAAAAUUGCCGCAGGUUACUACUUCCAAGAUAAAUGGUACUCUAACGACUGUACUCUAAAGAACAUCAGCGUCCAAUCAGCUUUAACGUCUAAGUUGUUGACUAAUAAACGUUUCUACUUCUACGGCGACUCAACGUUGCGACAGUGGUUUGAGUACUUUGCUGCGAGUAUCAGUGAUGCAUCCAUUGUUCAAGCUGCCCCUGGAGCAACUUUAAAAACGGGGCCUUUAAGAGCAACAUCAAAAAAAUAUAACUUGACAUUUAUGUACCGACAUCACGCAUUUCCAAUCCGUACAAGAUCAGUAUUUGUGAAGAAUGUUGCGUAUGCAGCAAACGAGAUUGACAACAUAUCCGCAGAUGAAAACACUAUAAUCUGCCUUUGUUUUUUCGCACAUUUUACACCAACGGAAUUACACGUUUACCGGAGGCGUUUAGAAACGACUAAGGCGUCACUUUUACGAUUGUACAAAAGGAGUCCCAAAACUCUAGUUUUCCUCAAAACUCCAAACACUUUAGCAUACGCUGGUGCUGUAACUUCAGUAGAUAAGGGCGACUGGGUUUCAUUAAUGUUGGACAAAGAACUGAGGAAGGUGAUGGCCGAGAUUCCAAAUCUUACAAUUAUUGAUGUUUGGGACAUGACAACCAACCAUAGAUUAGGCGAAAACCUCCACCCUCCCCGGCCUAUAAUUCAACAGGAGAUUCAAUUGAUGUUAUCACUUAUUUUUGCUUGAUUUUUU